UCACUAGAACCCCCAUAUCAUUUACUGGCAAUAUUUACUCAAAAAGGGCCACACCUUCUGAUAAGCUACAAAAUGAGAGCUGAAACAGACACGUUAUUUCAUUCACUUCCUGAACAAAGAUGGAUCUACAGAUCUCCGUUUUUCUUCUGUUCGUUUUGUUCGCUGCAGGACACUCUUUCAGCUGUUAUCAGUGUACAAGUCUGUUGGGCUCUUGUGACCAAACAACAUGUCCAGUUGGAUUUACCAACUGCUUCAGUGCAACGGUAAUCAAUGGCAACAGCACAAAAGUGAAAGUUAAAAGUUGUGCUUUAUCACUUGGCUGUCCGAGUGGAUCCAUCAACCUCGGCAUAGGAACAAUAUCUUCUUACUGUUGUAGCACAGAUCUGUGUAAUGCCCAAGACGCUCCAGAUCCCAGCACUAACACUUCCAAUGGAAGAACGUGUUACUAUUGUGAUGGACAGAGCUGCUCAAACACAGUGAGCUGUUCGGGGACUGAAGACCGCUGCAUUAAAGCAACAGGGACCUUUGGAGGCCAGUCACUAGUUGUAAAAGGCUGUGUCUCUAAAUUAAUUUGCGACGCCGCAACCUUGAUUCCUGGUUUAGGUGGUGUUUCCUGCUGCUCAGGGAACCUGUGUAACGGUGUUCAGAGCGUCUCUCAGAGCUUCCUGUUCCUCUUCUGUUCUCUGCUCUCCUUCAUGCUGCUGCACUGAACCCAGACGCUCUUCAGACACAAUACAAUGAAUUCAUAGAUUAUUAGAUUCUCUGUGUAAUAUCUUUUGUGUUCUCAUUCGAUAAAAUGAAAAACACUGAUGUUAAGAACAAAAAUAUUGCACCACCUUCACUUGUUUCUAGGUUUAUUUUGAAUAUGCAUAACAUGAAUUUUGUUCAAAUCACCUCUUUUAGUUAUCUUCAUUUCUCAAUAACCUUUGUGGUUAGUUACAAACUAGGAUUGGAUAUCCUAUGCAUACAUAUGAGCCUUAAAGCAUAUUUUCUAGCCCAUUUUAUAUUUGUACCAAAGCUGAAAAAGCACUUAGCAUUUUUUAUCAGCAGGUGGGAGCAGACAAUGUAGAAUAAAACCUUCACAUUUGCUGAUAUCAAAUACUUUGACUACAGAUCAAUGCAAUAUGACAGUUGUGGUUUACAAUAUGUAGUCAUAUUAUGUACAUCAUUUAAAGAUUUAUCUUAGGUGCUGUGAUCAACUAAAUUAUUUUAGGAACUUUUUUGCCUUGGAAAUGUUUUGGUAGCCAUAGAAUUUCUAAUGUAAUAAAAAUAAAAA